GCUCGAUUUCCAUGUAUCAGUCUCCCACCACCAAUUAACUACGAGCAGAACAUACAAAUUGACAAUCUUGGAAAAUAAAAUUAGAAUAUACAAUAACCGAACUAAGUUAAAACCAGCUAACAUUCAUUAAAAAUGGAAUUUGAAUGUGUUGGUAAGAAUUGAUUUCAAAAUACCUAUACAGGUGCAUUCAAAACUAAUCUGACAAUUAUUAGCACUGAAAUUCGGAUAGAGGCAGAAAAUAACAAAAUAUUUAAACAUUAAUAAAACCAACUGAGAAUUGAAAUACGUGAGCAGUAUUUAAAGCAAAAGGAGAGCUUAAACCAAAGAACCAACCAAAUUUGCUAAUUUGCCAAAAAAGAAAAAAAGAAAGUAUAUAAGAAUAUAUAUACAUUUUUAUGUAUAUAACUAAAAAGAAAUGAACGGGAAUAGAAAAUCUAAAUCCCUGCGCCUAGUGCGAUUCGGAGAAAUAUUCUACGAUCAGCAGAAGCGUCUUAUAUUGAUAUGCCGAACCUGUCAGCGUCAUUAUUUGUGCCUGGACACCUUUCAGUCGCAUCUCAACAAAUGCAUUGGCAUCAGGCACAUAGUCACGUCGAUUAACGAGCUGCACUACGACGAAGCGAAACGAGAGACAAGAUUGAUCAAUGGCAAGCAAGAGCUGCACAUUUAUGAGCCGAGCGCAGUGCGUCAUGUGAACAGUGUGAAAUGUAAUAUUGACUGGGAAGCCGAGCUCGAGGAUCCGCGCUGGUAUACCGAGGAGAGUCGACCACUGCCCAACAACAACAAGGCGCACCAAUCGCCCACCAAUGCCAAAGAAAACGUAGCCAAAAGUCGCCCACGUCAUCCAACAGCAGAUGUCGAAAAGGCGAAGCGCUCGGAUUCAGAGUCGCCCGAAUCCUCCGCCAAGCGAAUGCGACAUUCCACUCCCAAGACUCCACGCACGAUUCUCACAAAUCAGCAGCAACACAAAUCGAGCGGCCCCUUACAAAUGCCCCCAAUGACAGCUAAUAUCAAAAACGAAAUAUAUACUGUGGAAAAUAUCGUUGAGGACUUGAGGCGUAUGGAUGCCAUCCGAGCUGCCGAAGCAGCCAGGGCAACAGCAGCAGCUGCAGCAGCAGCAACAACAGAAGGAGCAGCACCAGUAGCAACUAGUUGUCCAACAGCAGUUGAAAAUCCAUCCCAGUCAACCACACAAGCAACGAGUCCAUCCAAAGGGGGCGACACACAGGAAAUACUGAACAAGCUGCGGGCUUGCGGCGUGGAGGUCAAGCGUCGUAAUACACGAGAAAACACCGUUGAAAGUCCUACCCGGGGUGUGGAUCCAAAAAAGCAACUUGCUAUGGAUAUAAUGCGAAAAUUGCAAUCGAAUGGCAUCAAGUGCACCAAAGUCAAUAAUUCUAAGAAAUAAGAAAUUCAAUAUAUCUAUAAGUGCCCGUGCAUGUCUACAUUUAAA